CCGGAAUCAUAAUAAACGGACAGCGGCCGUAUGCACCAUCGCAUCGGGCCUUUGGUCGAUGGAAAACGGCAAAAGCGCGGAGAUUCCCCGCACAGAGGCGAGCAGCAGCGCGGAUGGGAGCUGCAGCAUCGCUCGGAUGGGUGUGUGAUCCUCUUCCUCCGAGCAGCAGCUGGGAACAAAGGUCUGCCAGCAUCCUCACCCGGACCGGGACAACAACAUCAUGAAGUUGGCAGUGCUUCUCCUCUUCUUGUCCGUGUCUCCGCAGUCCUUUGCUGCCAUCGCCGCUCCAAAAGAGUUUGUGUCUUUGGCGGAGAUGGAGGCCACUUUGCUCAGGAACCUUUUCCAAGGCUACCAGCGCUGGGUGAGGCCCAUUCAGCGUAACAACGACACCAUUCAAGUUCGCUUUGGACUCAAGAUCUCGCAGCUGGUUGAUGUGGAUGAGAAAAACCAACUAAUGACAACUAAUGUUUGGUUGCGUCAGGAGUGGAUUGAUUACAAGCUGAGAUGGAAUCCAGAAAAAUAUGGUGGAAUCACCAACAUCAGAGUUCCCUCAGAAAACCUCUGGCUUCCAGACAUAGUCCUUUAUGAGAAUGCUGAUGGGAGGUUUGAGGGCUCGCUGAUGACCAAAGCUAUUGUGAAGUUCAAUGGUGCCAUCACCUGGACGCCUCCUGCCAGUUACAAGUCUGCUUGCACCAUGGACGUCACCUUCUUCCCCUUCGACCGGCAGAACUGCUCCAUGAAGUUUGGCUCCUGGACCUAUGAUGGAAACAUGGUGGACCUGGUUCUGAUGGACAUCCAGGUUGAUCGUAAAGACUUCUUUGAUAACGGGGAGUGGGAGAUACUCAGUGCCACUGGCUCCAGGGGAAACAGGAAGGAUGGCUUGUAUUUUUACCCAUUCAUCACUUACUCCUUCAUUUUGAAGCGGUUGCCGCUGUUCUACACGCUCUUCCUGAUCAUCCCGUGCUUGGGUUUGUCCUUCCUGACUGUCCUGGUGUUUUACCUCCCCUCAGAUGAAGGAGAGAAGCUGUCACUCUCCACCUCUGUCCUUGUGUCACUCACUGUGUUCCUUUUGGUCAUCGAAGAAAUCAUUCCCUCCUCCUCUAAGGUGAUCCCGCUCAUUGGAGAAUAUCUCCUCUUCAUCAUGAUCUUCGUCACCCUUUCCAUCAUCGUCACUGUCUUUGUCAUUAAUGUGCACCACCGCUCCUCGGCCACCUACCACCCAAUGUCGCCGUGGGUUCGCAACCUUUUCCUCCAGAAACUGCCAAGAUUGCUGUGCAUGAGAGGACACACGGACCGGUAUCACUACCCAGAGCUGGCCCCUGAGAGCCCUGAGCUGAAAACUCGCUCUGGGGGCCGGAAAGGAGGCCAGAGGACGAGCAGCGGAGUCCACGGAGUGUCAACACCUGAGGGGAAGGAUGAAGAGGUGUGGGCCACCAUGUUGGAGAAAGCCAUCUCCUCAGUGCGUUAUAUCAGCAGACAUAUCCGGAAAGAGCACUUUAUCCGGGAGGUGGUCCAAGACUGGAAGUUUGUGGCCCAGGUGUUAGACAGGAUCUUCCUCUGGGCGUUCCUCUCCGUCUCAAUACUAGGCACUGUCCUUAUCUUCACUCCUGCUCUGCAGAAUUUCCUAAAAGUCCCUCCACCAGCUGCGAGUGAGGAGCCACCUCUACACCAGUAACAAUAACCAGAGUCCAUAAAACAUCCUACCACUGAUCAAGAAGAAGCCACUAUGGCUUUUAUCUGAGUAUUUUGACUCUUUGACUCAUUCUUUUGAUCCACCAUGUUGUGUGUUACAGUCAAUUAAGUAAGUAUAUGUAUGUUUCAUGUACAUAGCAUGGCAUUUCAAAUUAUUAUGAUGGCAUAACAUGUUUGUUUGUAGGUAUAUAAGACGAUCUGGGUUAACGUUAGGUCAAGACAUUUACAUAGAAAAAGUUUUUCAAAACAAACAUGCUGAUCGUAUAUAAAUAAAAGCGUUACAUUUACAUACAUUACAUACAUUACAUAUAUUAUGUACAGUAAAACAGAGAAUAUAGGUGUUAAAAACCCAAUCGGAUUUAAUAUAAAUGCACAAAAACCUUCAUGACUGACUCGAUUCACACACUCUCAGCUCUGCAUUAUUGUUCAUGUUUAAUUCAGUGCUUGGUGUUUUCUUUCAAUGUGCCAUUUUUCAGCUGCUGUAAAGCAAACGUGCACACUGUGGCUCAGUGGAAAAAACCCAUCUAAGACUGCCAGUGUCAAACAACUGUUUCAACUGUCUCUUCCUUUUAUAGACAGUCAUCCUGUCACUAUUUACUCUGUUAACUGUCACUUGCCUAAAGCACAAAAUACCUCUGCUGUAACUACAUUGUACUGUACUGUAAAAAAAAACACAACUUAUUUAGUCUCUCAACAUGCCAACAACAUUAAAACUACCUUACAUAUUUCUUAGAGGAAACUCCAUUUUCAUAAAGUACAUGUCUGCAAAACUCUUGAAGUCAUUAAAUGUGAUAUAUAUAUAUGUGGGGGCAUAUAUUAAUGACUAUGGAGCUGAAACAUGUGCUAUUGUGUCCGAUUCGCUUUUGUCCUUCUGUUGAACACGUUUCAUUGUCAUUGUCUCAUUCUGCUUAAUUGCUUAACUGUUUUUUUUUUUUGUCACACCAGACAGAUGAUUAAGCAACAUAUAACAUGUACUAAAUUAAUGGAAAUUUUAAAGACUCAUCAAAGGUACAGCAUUAUAAUUAGUAAAAAGUACUUCAUAGUCAUAAUAAAGUUGGUUUAAAUACGCAAGGCUUUCAUUUUUCUUUUCAAACACCAUUUUAACUGCCAUUUUCAUUCAGUGACAAUUAGUUCAUCUUCAUAUUUAAAGCACAACAUUUGAGGCAUUCGCACUGAUAUUACAGCAAUAAAGAUGAAAGGAAAAGAAAGUUUGAAGUGGUGUAUUACAAUAAAUACAUAUAUAUAUACAGCUAGUAGCACCACCCAGUGGAAAACCCAGAAAAAUACAUAAUAUAAAAACAUCUUUUUAAACUUUUUAACCACAAAAAGCUUUAAAUACAUGAUUGAGACUGAAAAUUGAGAUGCAAAAUAGAUGAUCCUCUUCAAUAUAUAUAGGAAUAUUAACAAAGACUUAUUACAAUGUUAGACAUUUGUAUUGUGUUGUACUUUUAGGCUUGGGGCCAUUGGGCCCCUGAAGUCCCCCUGUCCUGUCACUCAUCUGACCUUUAUCUAGCCAAAACAGUUAGUGGCAGGUGUUUGCCAUAUAGAAAUGUUCACUGCCAAUAUAGCUUACCAAAGAAAUAAGAACGUCUUCAAUGCUGCAAGAGGACUUGAUAAAAGGCUGAAUUUGAGUCAUCCAGCCUGUUAGUGCCAGUCAGUGUUUUGUGGAGUUUCUUAGUCUGGUAAGUCACAAAUCUCCAUGUUAGUUGUCAUCAAUGUGUAAAGAUCUGCUGUCAGUGAGUUCAAGACUGACAAACAUUACCACUGCUGGAUGUAAGUUAAUAGGAACUUGUGUUUAGGCUGCACUGUUGCUAAUAAAUCUCUUACUAAUCCAGGUGCUCCUGUGUUUGGCUGUGUGUGAUUGAAAGUACUUGGUCCAUCCACAUUAAAAUCAAAUGUAAAUUGUGUACUG